AUUGAACUUGUGGACAUUCGUCUUGGCAGUCCGUUUCACACCCAACUAGGCUAUCGCCGCUUGCUUGAAGAGCGUACAUCAACAAUAAUAAACAAUUCGAUUGCACUGUAUUCGAUCGAUUGUCUAUUUAUGCUGUGCGAUUCAAAUUUCAAUCUCUAUUCUCCGUACGUCAAAGCCCAAACUUCAAAGUCAUCAGUCAGUAGUCACUCACAAAUCUCGAACUUGCAGUUUACUAGUAGCAAUCAUGUCUAAGGAUAUUAUUGUUUUAACGCCUAACGGGAGGAGACAAAAAGUUCAAUGUACACCAGACACAAGUAUGCUACAGGUUCUGGAAGAUGUUUGUAAAAAACAAGGAUUUCAGUCAUCUGAUUAUGAUUUAAAAUAUCACAAUCAUAUAAUUGACUUGACAACUACAAUAAGGUUUUCUAAUGUACCUAACAAAGCUACACUGGAAAUGGUUGAAGCAGAAAGAAAAAGAGAAGAAGUGAAUGUUACUAUUGGGCUAAUGUUAGAAGAUGGUGAACGCAUAAUGGGUGAAUUUACGCCUAACACUACACUUCAUGAUAUGAUUACAUCUCUGGCUCCAGAAGAGAUUAGUAUGUUAGAACAACCAAGUAUCUUAUACAUGCGACAAGAAGUAACAGGCAUAUCUGCUCUCAAGCAAAAGACUUUGAGACAAUUGGGUUUAAUCAAGGGGAAAGCCAUUCUCAGACUUUUGAAUAAAGUAGGAGAAGCAAAGCAAGCCAAUGUAUCUGCUGUUUAUCGAAAGCCAAGUUCAGAAACUGACCCAAAAAAAGAAGUAAUUAAUUGUCACAACGAAAAUAGAACGUUGACCACCACUUCAGAUCCAGGACCCUCUAGUGUGACUAGUCACAAAUUUAAUCCUGUGUAUUUAAUUAAACAAGAACAACUUUCCACAAAAGAAGAUUUAAUAAAAAAUAAUGAUCCAAUUAAAGAAGAAAAUGAUAAGUCUGAGGCAAUGGAAAUCGAAUCAAUACCAGAACCAGAACCAGAACCCAUUCCAUUAGAAAUAAAAACAGAUUCAAAUACGAAUGGGUCCAUGUCACAAGAAAAUUUGGAAAGAAGACUGAAAAUAGAGGAAGAAGUUACUUUUCUCGGUACACAAAGGGCUAUUGCUUUUAUGCCGCCUGAUGGGGGCGAAGAUGAAUUGGAAGAUUUGCCUGAUGAUUUCUAUGACCUAACUAUAGAAGAAGUUCGAAGACUGUAUAACGAUUUACAGCAGCAUCGUUUGCAGUUAGAAAAUACGCCAUUAAUUACUACCACCAAGCGAGAAGAACUUACAAAGCAGUCAUCCGAACAAAAGUUGAAUACAUACAAAAAUGUUGUUGUUCGUGUACAAUUCCCAGAUCAUAUGAUAUUACAAGGAAUAUUUUGCCCAUCAAAUACAAUUCAAGACGUAACAAAUUUCAUUAGAGAACAUCUUGAAGAUUCUGAUAAACCUUUUCAUAUAUUUACAACUCCCCUUAAGGAAACAUUGGAUCCAAAAAUGACUUUACACGAUGCUAAGUUUGUGCCAUGUGUUCACAUGCACUUUAACUGGUUAGAAGAGAAUAUAAAUCAGAUGUAUUUGAAAAAAGAGAUAUAUUCGAAAAAGACAUCAAGUGAUGCUGCUAGUAUUUUAGCGUCUAAGUAUAGGGCCCCAAGCAGGCGAAAAAUAGAUGACAAUCAAGACAGUUCCCGGAAAUCUAGUGCAGCCAUACCAUCUACUUCUAAAAAUAGCAAAGUGCCAAAGUGGUUCAAAAACUAGUUUGUAUUUUUCAUGUGUGAUACCUACUUAUAUAUUUUUUAAUUAUAUUAAUUCUUACAGGUAACCGAA